CUCUCCAUUUUCCAUUUCCAGGGAUCGAUCACCCACGAGCAUGAUCUUGUCAAUCUCUCUGUGCGUAGUCCUCUUGGGCGUCGCCGCUGGUUUUCCCCUUCAACGCUACGUCAUCCUCGACCACGCGUGGGAGUUUGAACCGCCCCGCCAACAAUCGUCUUUAAUGUACCUUGAACGAAGCAGCAGCCAUCCCUUGGGAGCUUCGAAGGCUUCGAACACGACCGCCACCGUCGUAGAAGACUGGUUCCAUGACCAGUUGCUGGAUCACAAAGGUACCAAGCACACGGACGUGGUGUGGAGCCAGCGGUACUUCUCCAACUCCCAAUACUAUGGAGGUCCGGGCUACCCCGUCUUCUUUUACAUCAGCGGCGAAAGCCCUGCGUCCAGCUCCGCGGUGACGUCGUCCGGGAUGUUCCACGUCGAGCUCGCCCGGACAUUUCGAGCUAUUUUGGUCACGUUAGAGCACCGAUACUAUGGCAAGUCCGUGCCGAGUGACGACUUGACCACCGACAGCCUCGAGUUUCUCACGUCCGAGCAAGCGAUCGGGGACAUCGUUCGAUUUCAAGCGUUUUUCAACGCCAAACUCAACGUGACAAGGACAAACUGGGUCGCCUUCGGAGGCAGCUACCCCGGCAUGCUCGCCGCGUGGACCCAACUCCAGCACCCGACGGCGUUUGCCGGUGUCGUCGCGAGUUCAGCCCCCGUCCACGCCACAUACAACCUCGUCGCAUACAGCCAAGCCGUGUCCGACGGGUUGCGCCGGUAUGGCAACGACACGUGCGUGACAGUGGUUCGAUCAGCCAUGGCCGAAGUCCACCGGCUACUGUCUAGCCAAGAUGAGCGCGAUUCAGCUCGGUUCCGCGACCUCUUCAACCCGUGCCAUGCCAUCACCACUGACGACGACCGUAGUGUCAUGGAGAGUCUAGUGUACGACAUGUUUGCGUCGACGGCGCAAGCCAACAACGACGACGUGGGUGGUGGGGUGGCCGGGUUGACGCUGGCGGGCAUGUGCGCGGCGUUUCGGAGCAACGACGGGGCCGUUCCUGUACAACUCGUCGCAACGCUGUUCAACCGCACUGUGGCCAAAGCCAAGUGCGUCGAUGCGAGGUACCAUACCCGGUUUGCACCGUUUCAUGAUGUGAAUGUGUCCACGUCCAAUAUGUUUCGGCAGUGGGGGUACCAGCUCUGUGCAGAAUUUGGGUUUGGCCAGUCAACUACGACCAAGCACAAGUCCCCCAUGACCACGAGUACUAGUAGUAGUACUAGUAGUACUAGUGCCUUCAGCCCCCUCGAGUUUAUCACGGUGGACCGCACGUUUGGUCGCAUGUGCAAAGAAGCGUACAACAUCUCAAAUGUGCCCAAGCGAGUCGACAUGACCAACGCCAAGUAUGGCGGCGUCGGCGUGCUUAACGCAGCCCAGAACGUGGUCUUUUCAAGUGGAUCCAUGGAUCCGUGGUCGCCUGUCGUGGUCACCAACGCCACGACCAAGAGAACUAACUCCACGUCCUCGACUGUGGUGGACAUUCAAGAUGCGGCGCACUGCCGCGACUUGUACGCCCGACGCAGUGGCGACAGCAGCCACGUGGUCUGGGCUCAUAAUCUCAUUGAAGCCGCGGUGGACAACUUUCUCAAGUCGAAGCCUUGCCAGUAACGUUAGUUGGCAAUUGCUUACACAAGUUGGGAAAUAUCAAUUGUAGAAUGUAUCAACGUUACUUUGCCCCGUCGCUGUAUUGAG